AUGGGUGCAAAUCAGGGUCGGCCGGCGAAACCUGAAUCCCAAGGGAAGGGCUACCAUCAACAUGCUCCCCGGCUGCAUGCGACCGCCAAUGGGAUCAUUAAUAAGCCUGUGCCUGUCCCUGGAAAUAAGGUUAUCAGCGCCGGAGCGAAAGUUCUCGUCAAUGGGCAGCAAAGUGGAUCUUAUGACGUGACGAUCAUAAGUUCAUCUUCGAAUGAUGGUUGUCAGCGGGGAAACUUUCUUGUUCCAAUAAAUUCCGUCGAUAUCAUGCAACCAUCGAGGCAACAAGAAGAUCUAGCUCGCUAUCCCUGGUUCCACGCUGGCAUCAAUCGCGAAGAGGCAAAGAUCCUGCUCGACAGUGGAGUCGACGGUUCUUUUCUCAUCAGAAACUCUGAGACCCAAGCUGGCCACUUUUCAAUCUCGCUACGAGCACAUGAAGAGCGAGAAGGAGCAUCGAAAGACACGAUCUAUCACUACAGGAUUCAGGAUGGGACGCCGUCGAUUGCCGUCGCCAUGAAAACUCUUCGCGACGAGAAUCAAGUUUCCGACGAUUUUCUCAAGGAAAUGGCAGUCAUGAAAAAGCUGCGUCAUCGAAAUCUACUCCCGCUAAUCGGCGUCGUAUCGAGGGACAAACCGUAUUUGCUCAUCACCGAAUUCAUGAAUCAAGGCAGCUUACUUGACUUCAUUAAAAACGCGAAUCCGAUUACAAUCAAUCACUCCGUGCAACUUAGAAUUGUUCUCCAGAUUUGCGACGCAAUGAAAUAUCUUGAACGCGAAAACUUCAUUCACCGAGACCUGGCGGCGCGCAACUGUCUUGUUAAAGCCGACGAUUGUAGCGACCAGCCGUUAGUGAAAGUUGCUGAUUUCGGCCUCUCUCGUUUAGUCGACCCAGACGAAAUCUACACUGCUUCGCAGGGCAAGAAAUUCCCGAUCAAGUGGACAGCACCUGAAGGCAUCUCGCACAAGCGCUUUUCUGUCAAAUCUGAUGUCUGGUCUUUUGGCGUUCUCUUUUGGGAAGUCAGCUCGUACGGGCUACAACCUUAUCCAGGCAUCGACAUAGCGAACGUCUUCAGUAUGCUUGAAAACGGAAAGAGAUUGGACCAGCCUGACAACUGUCCAAGGGACUCUUAUGAUCUCAUGAAGAAGUGUUGGCUCUGGGAACCUGACCAUCGUCCUUCGUUCUCCAGCCUCUACGAGCGUCUGCUUCAGCUGAUCGAUCGAGAAAAGCGUUCAACAAAUGGAGCUCCUGCUCUUCCAGACUACAGAAAUCACCCAUCAGUCAGGGAAGCUCCCGGUCACUUUUCGCCGAAUAUGAAGAGAGCUCAACCAACUCGACCUACAUCCACCAGACCUUUGAUGACAUCCCACAAUUCAGCAUCUCAUAUUCGAGAAAGACCUCACACAGCGAUGGGUACCUCUCAUGAGCAGCCAUUUAUUCGAAACGAGCCCAAAAGAAAAUCAGCUGGACUUCUUUCUCGGCUGAAACAGUCUUUUGGAAAAGGGAAGAGCAAGAAAACGCGUCCCCCUCAAAGCCAAGCCCUGCGAAAUCCGAAUCAAGCUGGCCCCGACGUGCUGCACCACCCUAUGAGCUACCAGCAGCCAGUCCAUCUCCACCAGCCAAGCAGUAUGAACGCAGUUCCGAAAUUCUCUUCCCAGGUCGCUACUCAUAAUCUUCAUCAUCAUCACGCUUCGCACUUAUCCCAGCAUGAAGAGCCAAUUCCUGACUUUUGGUUGUCGGGCAAGCAGCCACCAAAUCACAGUAGGGAAUUGGCGAAGCCCGUUCCCCUCAAACCACCUCGUCGCAGUCGCUCUCGCUCAAAGUCCGGUUCCGGCUCCUGCAGUUCACCUUCCUCCCAACCUCCUCUAGCUUUACCUCUUCCGCAAGCUCAUUCCUCACUCUUUUACGACACUCGAAAUUUCAACUUAUCAGAGUUGGGUUCUCCUCAAGUUGUUGAGCUAACUCCAACAAACUCCCAAGAAAAUAUCUGCGAAAACUCCUCGCAGAGUGACUUUUCAUCGCUCCAUUCAAGCGGAGGCCACGUUCAAUAUCAAAAAAGACCUCUCAAAAAACCACCUGUUCCUCCUCAAGAAAAAAUACACUCUCAUGAGCGAAUAAGCGACUUAGGCGCGCUUCAUGGGCAACCAGGCCAGUCCGACGCUCGAACAGCCGAGCAAGACUUCGCAAAGGACGUUCAAACUUUGCUCUGUCUUCAAACGCGCCUUGUAGAGAGUCUGUCAAGUUCAAUCAACAAGGACAAGAAGUCGGUAGUGCUGAGUUACGGACAGCGCUUGUGCGACUUCGGACAGCGGCUUCUUGAAGCUGAGCCAUGCUAUCUCCCGCUCAAGACCAAAUUCAAGUUCUCCGAAAAGCUAAGCUCAGUAAAAUCCGAAGUGUCCGCGAUUCUGAGUAAUCAGACAAAAGACGGAACUCGUUUGACCCGAUACAGCCACGAACUUGUGAAUCUGUUGAAAUAA